CUACGGGGCCAUGAGAAGGAAGCGGAAGCAGGAAUCCUGGACGUGAGCGGAGACGGUGGAGGAGGACAACUCUUGACAAAUCUUCACAACUCGAGACAACACUUGACACUUUUCACACUUGCAGCCGACAGACGGGACGCGAGGAACAGCAUGAAGAAGGUAUUCUAGCAGCUGUUGAUGUUGCCAUUGCGACCAUGGAGAGUCCUGCCAUCGUCCUGGACGCGGUUCCGCCUCCAGGUGCUCCCCUUCCCCUCCUGUCAGGUUUGAUUGACAAUCAGGUCAUAUGAUACUUGAUGACUUGCUGUUGUGAUUCCCCUUUGAACUAGGCUUUACACGAUCAGGAUUUUUGGGGCCGAUGACCAAUCAGCGAGUUAAAAAAAACGAUAACCGAUCACCAAUCCGAUCACAAGAUGGAGCAGUGUGCCUUUUUUAAUGACCUGUUCAUUUACUGUAUAUACUUGUGUACUUAAUUGCUCAAAAAAAUAUAUUUACAAUAAAUAAUGUAUCUUGUUCAUCUAUUUCUGCCAGUGAGGCAUAGUGACAGACAGAACAAAUGAAUGGUCUUCUUUUAGAUGGCAGGAAGUACAUACAGUAAUUAAUGUAUCUACUUUUUGUGACAUUUUUGUUUGUUGGUGUGCCGUGAGAUUUUUCAAUUGUAAAAUAUGUUCCUUGGCUCAAUAAAGGUUGGAAAUCACUGCUCUAGUCAGGUCAUGUAUUCUAAUCAGUCAGGUCAAACCAACAUUACAAGAUGACAGAAAUAAUGGGUGCUAACUUAUUGUAAUUAAAUUACUUUAUUGUAAUUAAACUUCACCCACACUGAAACUUUAGAGCAUGCUUCGACAGAACGGCAGCAUGUUUACGUACAACUGUUAGUGCUAGCACUAGCUUGUUAGGCUACAUAACGUUUUGUUGCCUGCUUGCGAGCCGUAUCGUAUUAAAAGUACGGGAACAUACCUCAAGUAAGCCUUAAACAAACGUCCUCUCCUGAGCACCGGUGACCACCAACACUUUUCCCCCCCCCCCAUUUUGUUCUUAUUAUACAGUCAGCACGAUCCACUCUUGUUGUUGCUGCCACGGUAACAAGUGUAUCCGGUCGCAUUUGAGUUGACAAGAUAAAGCCCAAUGAUCGUAAAAAAUGGAAUGCGGUGGUAUCGGAAUACAAGAUUUCAUUGUAGUAGUCUGACUUAGUGCAAUCGUGUGAGAGCAAAUUUGUCUGAUUCAGGCAUUACGUGUUGUCUGUCUCAGACAUGUUUUCUGUCCCACACCGCUGACGUUUUUAAAAAAAAAUGUUAAGAACUUUAUUGGCCAUCAGAUAUUAACAGUACUACGCGAAAAGACACGCAACAAGGCUAAAAAUAAACUUUCUUUUGGAUUCAAAUAUACUCUGUACGAUGGCGACGCGGAGUAAAUGUCUUUUGCGGAGAUCGGAUUGGCGAAUUAUCACAUUAAAGCCGAUCAGCAUAAAAUGCUAAAUAUCGGCCGAUACCGAUCAGGCCGAUCAGAUCGGUGUAAAGUCUACUUUGAACCUUUAGAUGGCAGUGCUGUGGCCGACUGCAGCCUGGCGUCCCUGCGGCGGCGGGCCUGGGCCAAGAGCAGAGAGUCUACCUGGCAGGAGACACAGAAAGCACUGACCUCUGGACCCCCACAGGGACAUCUGACAGACUGCCCUGAUUCCAAUGGAGACCCUAAGAGGACCUCUGAAGAACCAGGACUUACUCCCAACAAGAUCACCAGCUGGCUCGACCAAUGCAGGACGCCGCUGGCUGUGUCACUAGAUGAUCAGAGCACACCUUCGGGCAAAGGUGCGCCGAGGAACGGCUGCAGCUUCGAAGAUGACCUUUCUCUGGGAGCUGAAGCUGACCAUCUUCAGUCCAGCAGCAAGAAGACUGGAUCCUGUGGCAGUCUGGCUGCCGAUCAGAAGAGGAAUCAGUACAAAGAAAAAGGACGAAGUAUGAACUCCACCGGGUCUGGAAAGAGCAGCACUGUGUCCAGUGUGUCGGAGCUGCUGGACCUGUACGAGGAGGACCCAGAGGAGAUCCUGCUGAAUCUGGGUUUCGGGAGGGAUGAGCCUGACAUGUCCUCCAAGAUCCCAUCCAGAUUCUUCAACAGCUCAUCGGCAGCGCGCGGCAUCGACAUCAAAGUGUACCUGGGAGCUCAGCUUCAGCGUAUGGAGGUGGAGAACCCAAACUACGCUCUGACAAGUCGCUUCCGUCAGAUUGAGGUCUUGACCACGGUGGCCAAUCAGUUCAUCCAGCUUUACGGCCACGUGUCCGGUCAGCCCGUCCAGAGCGUCAGCAGCAUCAGUGGCAGCAGGGAUCAAGGAGGAGGAGAGGUCGCCAAAGACCAGUCGCCGCCGUCCCUUUUUCAGAGGAGAACCUCUGCUCAGAAUGUGGCCGACCGUCUGAAGAAGAGCCUGAGCAAGCACAAUCUGCUGAUGGCGUCACCCAGUCCGCCGGGCCGGCCCGCUGACAAAGCGCCACCUGCUCUUGCCAACGGGCACAGCGGGCAUCUCUACAACGGGCAUCCCGCACAAGAUGGCGACGAGCAGCACGCCGAGAAGCACAUCCGCAAGAAGGACAGCUGCUCGUUGGCCACUGUCACCGAGGAAUGUGGCGGUAGUGGUGACGGCGAGGUGGAGCAACACACACACCACAGACAAAAUGGACCCGGCGAUGAGCCCGAAUCCGCUGACACUACAUCGACAAAUCAGAGUGCAGAUGAGCCUCGGGCCAGUGGAGCAGAGGAGAAGAGCAAAACCACAAACCCUGACAAGGCCCUGCCCGACAAGGCGCCACCUGCUCAAGAGGAGGGCCCUCUGCCGUCCGCUCUACUAACUCAGUUGCGCACGGAGAACGCAGACUCCUUCGACAUGGAGGAGAUUCAGAGUAACGAGGAUGAAGCUCUACUAUCCAGAACAUCCAGAAGUUCAGAUUUGCUGAGGACUGUGAGCCAGCAGUCGGACAGCAGCGGCUUUGCGGAGGAGACGUCGUCCGUGGAUGCCAGCAACCUCAAGGUUCAGGAGAGCAGUGACAGCUGUGACAGCGAAACCACAGUGACAUCGCACCCCUCGCAGGACGUAGCGACACCCAUCGCUUUGGCCCAACCGGCGUUCAACUUGCCAGAUACCCGGGCCGAGGAGUUGGAACCCACUUCUGGUGCUAGGGCUACAGCCGUGUCCAUUGGGAGUUCCCAGAAACAGGAAAAGGAUGAAAAAUGCGAUGAGAAUUCAGAGCUGGUGCCGCAGUACAAGGCCCACCAGCUUCCCACAAACAUUCUGGCGAGAGAUGAAAGGCUGGGUGGCAGCGGCCCGGAACCUCAGGAAGAUCCCAAACAGGAACAGACACAAGCUUUGCAAGAUGAUACCCAAAGGGAUCUGCCUCAAUUGGAUCCGCCGCCCUUGGAUCCGCCGCCUUUGGAUCCGUUGUCUUGGAAUCCGCCGCGCUUGGAUCUGUCGUCCUUGGAUCCACAGCCCUUGGAUUCGCUGCCCUCAGAUCCGCAGCCCUCGGAGCCUCUGUCCUCAGAGCCUCUGUCCUCAAAUCUGCCCUCACAUUCACCGUCCUUGGAUCCGCCACCCUCAGAUCAUCCCCUCAGUCUCCAAACGCUGUCACCACCGGAUCAUCCUUUCUGUCUCCCCACCCCAGACUCCCCCGUCCUGAGUGCGCUGAGUCGCGUCAAACAGCGUUUGGGCGACGUAAGUCCACGCCCAAGCAGAAGGCGUCAUCGAGACGGCCUUCCCUUGCAGAGGUCAUCCUCUCUCCCGUCCUCGCUGCUGUCCCCCACCAGGGUGGUGUCCUCCGUCAAGGUCCAGUUAGGACGAGGCCGGGCGUUUUGCAGCCAGCCCCGCUACGCCUUCCGCUACAUCCAGGAGCCCAACGCCAACCAGAAGACUGGCGACGUGCCCACCUGCAUCUCCACCCUGGUCAUCAAGAACACCUUGGAGUCCGACCACCAAGAUUCUGCCCCGCCCAAAGCCGCCCCCCGUCCACUCAUGCGCUCAUCACGUUCGCUGAGAUCUACCAGCCCUCCCACCGAUUGGCCCUGGAUCACCCAGAGUGUCCCCGAUCUUUCCUCCAAUCAGGAGCAGUUCGGACACUACGGGCAGGGCGGGACCCCCAAUCCGGAACCGGAUACCUUCCUCUCCCCCAGUCCUAGCCACAGACCAGAGACUCCUAUAUCUGUCCCCCCUGUGAACCCAUCCCUGCUGUACCCCACGCCUUUUCAUCCCUACGCCAGUCUCCCCAAUCUACUCCACCCUUAUUCCAACCACUUCCCAUUGCACCAGCCCCCCAUGGGUACACCCCCCUACUACGGUAGCCUGUGGAACCUCCCUUCAGGAACUCCUCCUAUGCCCCACCACUACGCCGGCAACUACCACAUAGCGUAUCAUUCCCUUCCCCACAGCCCGCCCUAUCUGGGUUACCAUGGUUACGACCUCAGCCCCUUCCCCCCAUUGGCCCCGGACCACAUCGUGCAUCGGGGUGGCGCCCCUCCUGGGCCGGGCUUCCACUCAGAUCUUGGCCAGGAUCACAGCCCCCACCGCGGUCUCGUGAAUAGCUCUCACCCGGGUCAUAAUCUUGGUCAGAGCCCCCACCAAGGUUUUGGUAAUAGCUCCCACCCAGGUCAUAAUCUGGGCAUCCACCCAGGUCAUAAUCUGGGCCUCCACCCAGUUGUCAGCCAGGGUCACAGCUCCUACAAUGGUGUUGGCAAUAGCCUUCACCUGGGUCAUAGUCUUGGUCACAGCCCCUACCUAGGUGUCGGCCCAGGCCAUAGCCCCUACACGGGUCAUAAUCUGCCUCACAACCCUCACCCGGGUCUCGGGCCAGGUCACAGCCCCCACCCGAGUCACAGCCUGGGUCCUGGUCAUAGCCCCCACUUGGGCUUGAGUCCGGGUUCCAGUCAGGUCUUGUCUGGUACGGAGAUGGAGCUAAGGAGGGUUCUACACGAAAUCAGAGGGACCGUUCAUAGUCUGAACCAGCACGCGGACACCUCUGACGUGUUCCUCGAAGCCUCCUGCCAACAGGCCCUGGAAGCGCUCCAGCAGAAGCGGCGGAGUCUGGGCCUGUUUCGGGCCCAGAUGAUGGACCUGGAGCUGUCCAUUGUCCGCCAGCAGGCCCUCGUCUACAAACACCUGAGCCCCGCUGACAGGUUGGAGGUGGAGCAGCUUGAAUCUCUGCGGUCAGCCAUCAGAGAAGAACUGCUGGAGUUGGAACAACAGCUGGAGGAUAAACUGAUGGAGCUGACGCAACAAGCAGCGCCACGCAAGGGCGUCAGCAUGGACAACGUGUCCACCAACUCAGCACUCAGAGCCAUGGAGCCGGUGUCAGACCUCCUGAGGGAGCAGUUCCUCCUCCAAUCGGAACUGAGCUACGACGAUCACGCUGCCUCCUCCACACCCUCUUCGGUGCCUUCCUCGCGCCCCUGCAGCCCGACAUCGGGUGUAGGUGGCAGCCAGCAGAGACCCGGCGUGUACCGGGCAUCCAUCACCAUCACCCCAGUGCCGCCUCCUCGCCCCGACAGGUUGCGAUACCAGCAAGAGGAAGAGGAGGAGGGAGCGGGCGACAAAGAUAAAGCACUGGAGGAAGCGGUAGCAGCAGGACUCUGCAGGGACAACCUGCACCAGCUCAUCACAGAGAUCCGUGAGAGCGUGACACAGGAGGUGCGGCGGGAGAUCUUCAAUGAGCUCAUGGCGGCCACUGGGGCACCCUGCCCGUAGCCCGGCCAGCAGCCCCUGACCCGUACUGCAUGUUUGGAACACUGUCGGAGAGCAUCACUGAAUGUCUACUACACUGCAUUGGGAGAUAGCACACCAGCCAUCAACAACCUGCCAGCAACAACAAGACAACAAACAUGCUCAAACAACCACCAGCAACCAACAACCACCCACGUCUGAGGGAAGCACUUCCACUUUUUAGUUUGUUUUUGUUUUGUCAUUUUGCUGGUGUUAACUGUUGUCCCUUUAACUACAAAACACUGCCGACACUAACACAAAGACCAAAAAACCCAAACAUGACCACUCCGUAGGACCUGUCAGAAGGACUGAGACCGCUCAGCAGGACUGGAACCUGGACAUGAGCCAGCAACCACAAUCACUCAACUGGGAAAGCAAGCAAGAUUGGAACCUGUCAGAAACACCAGUACCAGUAAAAAGGACUGAUCUUUAGGACCAGAAAAACAACUUGGUCCUUGGCGCUGUACCACGACCAGGAUGAGUUAGCAGGACCAGGACGUGUCAAUCAAAAAGUAAGACCAGGACAAGUCGGCAAGAUGGUAGCAGCAAACAGGCCAGGUCAUCAGGACCUGUACCAUCAAAGAGAAACCAAAAUCAAAAUCACAAUCAAAAUAGGACAAAUGAAGUGGACUACACACCAAAACCAGAAUUGGGACCAGCAAACAUGGUCAGUAAACAGGACUUGGACCUGAAAGCAGGACCAGGACCAGUCAGACAUCAACCAGUACUGCAACACUUUUUUUUUGUAAAACCACAACUCACCACAGUGUCACACAACUACACAACACAAGGGAUAUCUGUGUGCGUGUGUGUGUGUGUGCGUGCGUGCAUGUGUGCGCGCACAUUACAUUAAUUCACUCCAUCAUCCACGACAUCAUGCGUGAGAGUACCAUUAGCUCAUUCGCGUUAUCUGUUAGCGAGUGACCUUAGCUGUACUGUAGAUGUUGUUCAAACUUGACCGAUUAGAACAUUUUUAUUGUUGUUUGGUAACAUGCGUACUAACACGCAAGCGACGUAUUAGCAGCUAGGCAGCUACUGAAAAAUCACACUAGCUUCCAUGCUACUGUAAUUAAGCAGCUAACAUUAAUAUAAAUAAGAAGGCUGAAAUAAGGUUUAAACAAAUAUUGUUCCCAGCCAUGUUGCUAGGCCAGUGGUCCCCAAACACUGCCCCCCCGCCCCCACAAAAAAAGACAGUGCAUCCCCCCCACCUCGUUGAUGAUUUGCAUGUCCAUAGACUCUGUCUACCCCACUCUGCGCACCCCUUCAGACGUUUAGCUUCCAACUCUGUCGCCACCACCCCCACCCUGGCCAGUGGCCGAUUAGCUACUGAUUGGGAAGGUCCGUCAAGCACGCACCCUCCCUGUCGACAACUGGUUGCCGGUCCACGAAACGUACUCGGAUGAACCAGUGUGUGGUGGAAAAAAGGAUGGCGACCACUGCACUAGGCUAGUCGUCACGUUGAAAUUGUACAUGAAAGUAGAUGAGCUGUUAACAACCAGAGCUGAGGAGGCAUUGUUCAAACAAGAUCGAUAUCUUUUGUUGACUAAAAUUUGUGCUAGCACUCUAGCGACAUGUCAAGGCUAGGUAAAUAUAGCUAGCUUGCAUGCUAACUCAGGAGCUAACAAGCCCAUUUAUUUACCACACUGAUUUCUUUGCAGACAUGUAUUAUAAGUCAGAAAAUAGGGUGGAGACAAAAAUUGGAUGGUAGCUAGUUAAUCUGUUAGCAUUAUCUGUUUUGCAACAAAUUUCUGAGCUAUUUCACCAUUGCUGGUAUUUUAUUGACACUUUUUGUAAUUCAACUACAUACAUGAAUGAGUGCUGUUGGUCACCUAGCGUAUGAGUGGCUAAAAAUGUCAACAGAGAUACGUUUGCGUUGUUGAUGCCAACAUUGACGUUCAGAACUGGCAAAAGGAUUGUUGUGCAGCGGGUGUACGUAUGUAGGUCAUGUCGAUGGUCGAAUGGAGUCUAGGGCUAAGGCGUGUUCGCAUUAUAAAUUUCAAUGUAUGAAAUAUCCGGCUAACAUUUAACGUCACUGUGUGUCCAGCCACUCUUAUUUUGUGAACGAUAAACCUUAUUUUAUUUUUUUUUAGGUUUAAAGUUUACUUGUUUUUUGCUUGUGUCGUGUACCGAUGACAUCAUCGGUUCCUUCAAACGACUUGGAUGUUGUUCACUAUUCCUUCACUUUGUUUGUUUAUUUACAAAAUUGUGAAUCUGUCUAAUCACACUCUGGUGUUUUGGAAUUUGCUUUUAGCGAACAUGUGCGUGUGUGUGUGUGUGUGAUUUGUACAAGUGUCAAUGCAUGGUGGGCUCACUCGUUAGAAAUAAGAAUAAUAAUAAAGAUGUAUUUAUUUUCAUUAUAA